CGUAAUAUCUUUCACACCCCAACGCGGAUCGAUCUCCAUUUUCCCAUCACUAUAAUAAGCCAUACACACCACCCCCAUCGGAUAUCCAUUUCUAGUUCGCGUUCGCCAUUGUCGCUCUUCAAAGCUUUUCACUUCUCCAUAUUCGAGAGAUCUAAUUCAACUGCCGAUCGAAAAUGUCCGGUCGAGGAAAGGGCGGCAAGGGGUUGGGAAAGGGAGGAGCCAAGCGUCACAGGAAGGUUCUCCGCGACAACAUCCAAGGUAUUACGAAGCCGGCUAUCCGCAGGCUUGCUCGUCGUGGCGGAGUGAAGCGUAUUUCGGGGCUGAUCUAUGAAGAAACGCGUGGAGUUCUCAAGAUCUUUCUGGAGAAUGUGAUCAGAGAUGCCGUCACCUACACUGAGCAUGCGCGCAGGAAGACUGUUACUGCCAUGGAUGUGGUGUAUGCCUUGAAGAGGCAGGGAAGGACCCUGUACGGUUUUGGUGGUUAGGUUAUCAGAAUUCAGAUGGCUAAGAAGUUAUUCAGUGAUGUGUUCUUGUAAUUACAGUGAAUGGGAAUUUGGGAGGUGGGUUUGGGUUGUUCUAGUUAUUACAACCCAGUUUGGGUCAGUCUAAAACUUGUUCUUUUAAAUGGUAAUCACAAUUAAAGUUCUUAUUAUGUUCUGAAAGUUGUGUAUUCAGCUUCAAUACUUUUUAAGAUUUGAAACCUGAAUUUGCUGGCUGAGGUCGGAGAUGUAUGAGUAUUGUCCACAAACUUUCAUCCUACCAAACCAAUCAGUAAAUGAACUUUUCAAGUUUGG